AUGAGAGCUUUGGUCAAUGGCGCCGUGGACGACGCGCGAACGAGGCUACUCCUUGAUACUGGAGCGAAUGUUAGCGUGAUUUCUGCCAGCUUCGCCAAGCGGCUACGUGUACGGGAAGUCCGGGACAACAGACGAAGUCUCGAAGUCCGUGGCAUCAACCCGGGGGUGAUGGAGACCCGGCGACGGGCGCUCGUCAAGAUCACUCUCGGGUGGGAGCAGGCUUACGAGUUCGAAAUGUGGAUAAUAGACCACAGUGCCGGAGUGGAUGUGGUCCUUGGGAUGGACUUUAUGAUCCCGGCUGGAAUCCGGCUCGAUCUGUUCCAUGGCGCCGCACGCCUUCCAGACGAGGUCAUGGUACCACUGCUGAAGUCGCAGAGUGUUGGGGAUGACGAACCUUACGGCCCGCAGCCUUCGUGUGGGCCGACCGAGGAUUUAUACGUCCCCGGUCGCGAGUGGCGAGAGUUUCGACUGCCGCGCCAGCGGCUACCUCGUUCAGAGUACGAUGUGUGGGUACGGCGCACGGGAAAGCUUGUGCCGACCUGUGCCAAGCACGACUCCGUGGUGCUCUGGGUACCGCAUGGUGAACUACCACGAGAGACCGGCUACGCGAGGUUGGACUCUAACAAGUACAAGGAGUGGCAGGUGCUGGCAUACUUAACGAGCCGUGACGAGACUCUGUAUGGAAGGGAGCGAUGUCUCUAUGACCAAUGGCUGGCCAAACAGCCACCCGCAGUUGAGCGCAGGACUUACUCGACGCCGCAGAAGAUCUUACGGAGACCGCUCGACGCUACAAUAUGGCCGAGAGGUCAUCUUCAAGGUCGUCCUAACGACGAUUAUUCUUCGCUCGGUAUAUCGGAUCAUGCCAACGACCCCAGGGUCUCCCAAGGCUCGGUCAAGGUUACUGAGCCUGGUGCAGACGACACAGAACGUGAUGGUAUAUCCAACGACGGUUCGGACGACGAGGCGAGCGCACGGACCGACUCCGACGCACUGGAAGGGUCGUUGCUUCACCGAGCGGCCUAUGCAUCCAAGCGCAUCGAUCAUAACGCCUAUAGCAUCGAACGUGGGGCACAGGAAGCCCCGGCCGAGGUGUCAGGAGCCGGAGACAAGCGUGAUGAUGGUGUUGGAGACCUGAACGACGAUUCGAGAGAAGAUCAUGACGCGCCAGAGGUAACGGCAGCGGUGGAAUCCGCCCCGCGGAUGGCCGGAACAGCGACUGAUACGCAAGCACGCCCUGAACCAGAUCAAACGUCGGUCGCGUGGGGCAACGCCACUAUCGACUGGGGUGAACAUGAUCCUGGACCGAACGACAUUUUAACUGAAGCAGGAACCGCUACGACCGAGGUUAGUACCGAUGGAGAAAAUUGUGUCGAUGGACCGGACAAAGAGGACCCUGAAAGACUAUUGGAGGCGAAUUACACCUCGGUCGUACAUGCGAUGGUUGCGGAAGGGUUCCCGGAGGUUGAUGACACCGCGAACGAGAUUAAUCUCAGCGACUACGCGCAGGAGUCUCUACCGACAUCUCGACUGAAGCCUACCACUCGGAUUUGGCCCUACAUGGAACGAGUGGCAUGUCGGAAUGCCUCGGUCAACACCCCAGCAGAUGAAACGAACAAGGAUGAGGCUCAUGGAAGGGUGACCGAGGCUUCGAGCGCCGAUAUUAACGUGGAAGAAGGUCGCGCCUGUGCGCCGGACCUCGACUUGCGACGAUGUAUGGAUUUGAUGAUGAAGUGGAGAUACGAGUGGAUCUGGGACCGCUACGCCCGACAACUACGUUUCGUUCAAGGCAGUGGUGCCUGA